AUGGGUCGCCGAAAGAUCGAGAUCAAGGCCAUCAAGGACGACAGGAACCGCUCUGUCACCUUUCUCAAGCGCAAAGGCGGCCUUUUCAAGAAGGCCCACGAGCUUUCCGUCCUGUGCUCCGUUGACGUAGCCGUCAUUAUUUUUGGCCACAACAAGAAGUUAUAUGAGUUCUCCUCCGGCGACAUCAACGAGACCAUCGGGAGAUAUCAAUAUUAUGGCGGCGCACACGAACACAAGGGCCCCGAAGACUUCAUGGGCAAGGCUGAGGGCGAUGAAGACGAGGAGGCCGAGGACGACGCACACGCACAGCAGCAGGGCUCAAACUCGCCACCGGAGCAUGCUAUGAUGAUGCCUCACCCUCUACAGAACCAACAAUUUCAACACAUCCGCCAUGCGACGCCAUCUGGGUCACCGCCCAUGCCAAACGGCAUGCCUUUCCACCACCGCGCCUCUCCCCAGCCCCAGAACAUCUCGCGUCCAAACUCCCGCGCACAUAUUCGCAGGACCAGCUCCAAUCUUGCCCCUCCCCAGCCCUACCCCCCUCAGCCGGCUCCUCCGCCGCAGAACGGCUACGCAUACAGGCCGAACCCGCCAUUCUACACAGGACCGCCCCAAGGCAUGCCGCCUCAAGGCCCUCCGGGUCCUCCGCACCCGCCGCAACCCUCUUACUCGCACCCACCCCCGCACACCCAGGUCCAGCAGGUAUACAUGCAAGAUCAGCGCAGAACGUCAAUGCCCCCGACUUUCUCUCAGCCUCAACCGGAACCGCCGCGUCAAGCUUCUGUAGUCCCCUCGCCGCCGCAGCCUGAACAGCACAAUUUCCAGAGCCCUCCGAUGCCGCAACCCAAGCCUCUUCCCGCAGCCGCCAAGAACCAGAGUAUCUUCACUCCAAUCGACGACAGCAGAUCGCUGCUUGCCCAGCAUUGGGGGCCCAGCACAACCACGGCGGAACCGGUGAAAGCUGAACCGGUACCUCACAUGGAGAGACCGCAGUCCAUUGAUGUUGCAUCGAUCGGAAAGCAGAAUCAUGUUUCACCACAGCAGCCCACUCCUACGUCGCUCCCUAAUCAGCCGCAAAGGACCGCAUCCACUUCGUCAUUGCCAACCAUUCCGCCUCCCACACGGACCAGCAGCGUAGCUACCGAUGCCAAACGUCCUCGGCUCAAGGUUCAGAUUCCCGACGAACACUCGGAGGCGGAGAACACGCAUGCUUCUGGCUCCCCCAAGGACCCCAGCACAACAGGACCAACUCCAGCGAGAGGUAGCAACGAAACGUCAAAUGCUUCUGGCGUGGUUUUACCUCCGCCGUCACCUAGUGCGAGUGCUCUACUCAGUGCUGGGGCAACUGGACCACCAAACCCGUUCGCCAGGCCCGCUCCUCCUGUCAACAACGCAAACAACAAUUCGUCUCAACACAAUCGCAACGACAACAUGGACACGCCGAUUUCCGCACUUCCAAGUCGCUUUAUGGACGGCGGGCUUCUGCCCUCACCGUCUAGCUUUUACCCGGAGUGGGGCUUCGGCAACAAUUCCUCAAACAUGCUGCCGAGCCCGUUGACUUUCCAGACUCCGGUAGUGCAGAACGGGCCGAGCUUCCGGGAUGACCCAGAAGACAGGAAGCGCAAGACGUCCGAAGGUUCCGACAGUGGGGCAAGCAAACGAGUGAAGACCUAA